GAGCAACAACAGCGCCUCGAACUGCUACGCAGUCAACUUAAGCUCAAGCAACAGCUCAUACGGAAAUAUAAGGACACAGAGUUCUAGUGAGGAUGGUGCUUCGACUGCUAAUGCGCUAUCUGGCCAACAAUGAGCAGUUAAUACAGCGCAUGGCGGAUAGUUAUCCCAUGAGACGAGCUGCUCAAGUGGUUGUGUCCCUAAUGUAUCGCACCAAGAAUAUGGCAAGGGAGCAAGGACUGCACGAAAUGACGCCGGAGCGCUUCAAAUCCUUCGUAAAUAUGUUUAAGAACAAUGUGCGGCAAGAGCUGGAGGGUGUAAAGCGCGAGCUAAAAGAUAAGAAAAAAUAACUAAAUUAUUGUAGAUUAUAUUAAUGUUGUAAUUUAGGCACAUAAAACAAAUUCUACGAGCAACAAUUGCCUUUUAAGAAGUGAAAAAUAUACUUAGCAUUGGGCUAUAGUCCGUUCGAUAAAUAAGUUUUGAAACGCUUCAAAUCGAAAA